CUCCGCUCAUUCUGCACCGCUCUCAUCGCUGCCAGCCUGGCAUCCGCUCACUUCACCCUCGACUGGCCACCAACCGCAGGCUUCAUCGACGACGACGAGCCAACAGCACCGUGCGGCGGCGCCACUGUCGUCGUGAACGACACCGCCCCCCAAGUUCAGGUCGACCGGUUCGCAGUUUCCAUCUUCAGCUCGCAUCCCGCCGGCUCCUGGUCCUUCCUCGCCACCACCGACACCAAGGAGCCAUACAACUUCACCGAGAUUGUGCCAGUCGUGAACAGCACUGGCAUUGGCAAGUUCUGCUUGACGGAUCUUCGAGCUCCUGCGUCCUUCGCUGGUAAGGGAGGUAUCAUUCAGGUCAUCGACUCGUCUGUGGAUGGCACUCUCUAUCAGUGCGCUCCUGUCAAAUUCGUGACUGGAAGCAACGCCACCGCUGGUUCCUCUUGCACAAAUGCCACCGGCUUCACUGCUACAUGGACAUCAGCGUCCACCCACAGCUCCGCAUCUUCGAGCUCACCAAACGCUUCUGCUUCUGCCUCUGCUUCUGCCUCGGCAACUAAGGCUUCUGCUUCUGCUACCUCGAGCGCAGGUGCUGCGAUGGCUACGGCGAUGGGCAGUGUUGUGGGUCUCGGCAUGUUG